AUUAGUAUGAACAUCAAUUGCCAAGAGAAAUACUUUGUAAAUUGUUAAAAAUGGAAACCAAUUCAGAAGAACAGAACAAUUCCAUUUCGAAAACCUCCUAAAGUGCGCUGCUUUGCUAUCCUGCACCGGUCAGCGCUCGUUUGAAGAUUUCAACCAGAAGAAACGAAAGAUUGGAAGAAAAUCCCUUAUCCCCCAAAUAUGGAUUCAGCUUCAGAGUUUGAUGUUCUCAGAUUUCUCUGUAAAUAACAAUCUCUCUUUCUCUCUCUUGUUGGUUUUCUUCCCCGAGAUUUUGUGAAUUCUAAUCAUUACGUGUAAUUGGUUUGUUUCUUGGCUUCUCUGUGUUGACCAUCUUUCUCUUUCCCGUUCUUCUAUCUGAAAAGUUGUUGGGGGAGGGUUUUUCUUCCCCCUUUGUUCUGCUGCUGCUUCUUCUUCUUCUUCUUCUUCUUCUUCUUCUUCUUCUUCUUGUUUUAUUGUCUGAAUUCAUCGUAUCAACUUUGAUUUGAUUCUCUGCCUAUUUUGAAGAGUUGGGUGUUUACUUUUCUCCAAUUUUGAACAUGCCCUUUUGAUUUCUCCUGAACUUGGAACAGCCAGAACUGAUUUUCCCUUCUCUGAAGAGCCAAUUCCCUUCUUCGAGCAGGGGGAAUUGAGGCAUUAGGGCAAGUUUUAGGUGAGAGAAGUUGAUAUUCUGGUGUGAAUCUUGGAAGAAUUGGAGGAGGAUGAUGAUGACAAUGGAGGGAAUGGAAAAGGGGGUUUUGGAUGACAUAAUAAGGAGGCUAUUGGAAGGGAGAGGGGGAAAACAGGUUCAGCUUUCGGAGGCUGAAAUCCGCCAUCUCUGUGUCAACGCCAGGCAAAUCUUCCUCUCCCAACCAAAUCUCCUCCGCGUGAAUGCUCCUAUUCGCAUCUGUGGUGAUAUACAUGGUCAAUACAAAGAUCUUCUCAGACUAUUUGAAUAUGGUGGGUACCCUCCCUCCGCAAAUUAUCUCUUUCUCGGGGAUUAUGUUGAUCGAGGGAAGCAAAGUUUGGAAACGAUAUGUUUACUUUUGGCGUAUAAAAUAAGACACCCGGAUAAAGUAUUUCUCCUGAGGGGGAACCAUGAGGAUGCGAAGAUCAACCGAAUCUAUGGUUUCUAUGACGAAUGUAAAAGGCGGUUUAAUGUUAGGCUUUGGAAAAUAUUUACAGAUUGUUUCAACUGCAUGCCCGUGGCUGGACUUAUCGACGAUAAGAUACUUUGUAUGCAUGGAGGACUAUCUCCAGAUUUGCAUAAUUUGGAUCAGAUUAAGGAACUUGCGAGGCCUACUGAGAUUCCCGACAAUGGUCUUCUCUGUGAUCUGCUUUGGUCCGAUCCUGAUCCUAGUAUUAAGGGCUGGGCAGACAGUGAUCGAGGUGUUUCGUGCACUUUCGGACCAGAUCAAGUGGUUGAAUUCUUAGAUAAGAAUGACCUUGAUCUCAUUUGUCGCGGUCAUCAGGUGGUGGAGGAUGGAUAUGAAUUUUUUGCCAAAAGAAGGUUAGUCACCAUAUUUUCUGCUCCGAACUACGGCGGAGAGUUUGACAAUGCGGGUGCUCUAUUGAGCGUCGACGAAUCUCUAGUUUGUUCUUUCGAGAUAUUGAAACCUGUUGAUCAGAACGCAUCAGGAAGUGGUUCAAGAGUAAUUCUUAAGAAGCCUCCCAAAAUUGGGAGAGGUUGACUAGUUGAGAGUUCCUUUUCGAUAGCGAGAGACGAAACCAAGCUCUAGUCGUUUUGGAGACAAUGAGUUGUUUGUGCUCUGCACUCCAUAGUUUUCAGGCUUGCUAUGACCACGCCGGAGGCCUACCGAUAGAACCUGUAAAAACCGUGUUAGGCCCCUAUCCCGGUAUCCGAACAGUAGGUAGGUUUCAGUGGAUUCUCCAAUGGCUUUGCUAAUUGAAGUGCAGAAGUUGUGUGUAGAAAUAUGGAAGGCAAUGGUUCAUAGUUCUUUUGAAAUGACUUGAAAGAGAUUGCUUCUUCCAUGGUGAUUAUAAAGUGAUUUGAGUUCAUUUAUAAUGUUAUGAUUAUAAAGUCAUUGGUUCA